GAAAGAUAAAAUUCAGUGGAGACGAUAAAACUCGAGAUGAUCCACAUGUGAAGCUCCAGUAUGAGCAGCACACAGACAUCUACAAAUGGAGAUUUAUCUCCAGAAUCCAGUUCAGAUCGUCAGAAGAGAUCAGAUGCAGAGGCCAGCUGUGUGUCUAUGAAGAGAAACUUUUCAAUGGAUCCACCAGACCUGAGGGGAGAUUCACCGGCUGCUCUCAGAUCAGAUCAUCAGAAGAGAUUAAAUCCAGAGGCCAGCUGUGUGUCUAUGAAGAGUAACUUUUCAAUGGAUCCACCAGACCAUUUUAAGGGUGGAGAUACACUGCCUGUUCUCGGAUCAGAUCAUCAGAUGAGAUUAAAUCCAGAGCCCAGCUGUGUGUCUAUGAAGAGUGACUUUUCAAUGGAUCCACCAGACCAUUUUAAGGGUGGAGAUACACGGCCUCUUCUCAGAUCAUAUCAUCAGAAGAGAUUAAAUCCAGAGCCCAGCUGUGUGUCUAUGAAGAGUGACUUUUCAAUGGAUCAACCAGACACGUUUAAGAAUGGAGAUAAUCGCCAUGAGUCUAAUCUUGCUGAAGUCCUGAACACAUUUAGAUCAAAUCUGCUGAAGAAAUAUCAGUGUUUAUGUGAGGGAAUAUCAAAGCAGGAAAACCCAACACUGCUGAAUGAGAUCUACACAGAGCUCUACAUCACAGAGAGUGAAAGUGGAGAGAUCAGUAAUGAACAUGAGGUGAGACAGAUUGAGACACAAUCCAGAAGAACAACAACAGAGGAGACACCAAUCAAAUGUAAUGACAUCUUUAAACCUUUACCUGAACAAGACAAACACAUCAGAAGUGUGAUGACAAAGGGAGUCGCUGGCAUUGGAAAAACAGUCUCUGUACAGAAGUUCAUUCUGGACUGGGCUGAAGAGAAAGAGAAUCAGGACGUCCACCUCAUAUUUCCACUUCCUUUCAGAGAGAUCAAUUUGAUGAAGGAUAAAACACUCAGUCUUUUAGAUCUUCUUCAUCUUUUCUUCCCAGAGACAAAAGAAAUGGAAAUCUUCAGUGAUGAAUAUAAAGUGUUGUUCAUCUUUGAUGGUUUGGAUGAGUGUCGUCUGUCUCUGGAUUUUCACAGCAGUGUGAGGUUGUGUGAUGUAAAUGAAUCAACCUCAGUGGACGUGAUGCUGGUAAACCUCAUCAAGGGGAAUCUGUUUCCCUCUUCUCUCAUCUGGAUCACCUCCAGACCAGCAGCAGCUGAUCUCAUCCCCUCUAUGUGUGUUGAUCGAGUCACAGAGGUACGAGGCUUCAGUGAUCCACAGAAGGAGGAAUACUUCAGGAAGAGAAUCAGUGAUAAGAGUCUGUCUGAUCAAAUCAUCUCACACCUGAAGUCAUCCAGGAGUCUCUUCAUCAUGUGUCACAUCCCAGUGUUCUGCUGGAUUUCAGUCACUGUUCUAGAGAAAAUAUUGAGUGAAGCAGAGAGAAGAGAGAUCCCCAAGACUCUCACUCAAAUGUACACACACUUCUUGAUCAUUCAGACAAACAUCAAACAUCAGAAGGACUAUAAGAAGAAAGUGAAGGAUGAAGAGAUGAUCUUCAAACUGGGGAAACUGGCUUAUGAGCAGCUUGUGAAAGGCAAUCUGAUCUUCUAUGAUGAAGACCUGAGAGAGUGUGGUAUUGAUGUAGCAGAAGCAUCAGUGUACUCAGGAUUGUGUACUCAGAUCUUCAGAGAGGAGUUUGGUUUGUAUCAGGGGAAAGUUUACAGCUUUGUUCAUCUGAGCAUCCAGGAACAUCUAGCAGCUCUUUAUGUGCACCUCAACUUCAUAAACAACAAAACACCAACGAAUGUAUCAAAUAUACACCAGAAUGCUGUGGAUGAGGCUCUUCAGAGUAAAAAUGGACAUCUGGAUCUUUUUCUUCGUUUUCUUCUGGGUUUGUCAGUGGAGUCAAAUCAGAAUCUCAUACAAGGUUUGAUGAAACUGACAGAUCACAGCUCUCACAGCAAUGAGGAAACAGUCACAUACAUCAAACAGAAGAUCAGUGAGAAUCCUUCACCAGAGAAAUUCAUCAAUCUGUUUCACUGUCUGAAUGAACUGGGUGAUUAUUCACUAGUGGAGGAAGUCCAACAAUAUCUUAAAUCUAGAAAAUUAAGUAAAACCAAACUUUCUUCAUCUCAGUGGUCAGCUGUAGUUUUUGUGUUGUUGACAUCAGAAAAGAAGUUUGAGGAGUUUAGACUGGCAGAUUUUAUCCAAGGAAGAAAACAAACACUGGAAGAACUUCAAAAGCUGUUGCCUGUGAUUUGUGAAUCCAGAUCAGUUUGGAUGAUUGGUUGUCGUCUCAUAAAUGAAGAUUUAGUUGCUCUGACUUCAGCUCUGAAAUCAAAUCCAUCACAGCUGAGAGAACUGGAUCUGUCUGUGAAUAAUCUUGGAGAUUCAGGAGUGACGCUGAUCUGUGAUGUACUGAAGGAAUCCCAAUGUAAACUGGAGAUACUGAGGUUGUGUGGUUGUAAUAUCACAGCUGAAGGUUGUGUUGAUCUGACUUCAGCUCUGAGAUCAAACCCAUCACACCUGAGAGAUCUGGAUCUGUCUAAGAAUAAUCUUGGAGAUUCAGGAGUGAAGCUGAUCUCAGAUGUUCUGAAGAAUCCUCAAUGUAAACUGGAGAAACUGUGGUUGACCGAGUGUAUUAUCACAAAUGAAGGUUGUGCAGCUCUGACUUCAGCUCUAAGAUCAAACCCAUCACAUCUGAGAGAUCUGAAUCUGUCUGGGAAUAAAUUUGGAGAUUCAGGAGUGAAGCUGAUCUCUGAUGUACUGAAGAAUCCUCAAUGUAAGCUGGAGAUACUGAGGUUGAAUGAUUGUAAUAUCACAGCUAAAGGUUGUCAUGCUCUGACUUCAGCUUUGAGAUCAAACCCAUCACACCUAAUACAUCUGGAACUGAUUGGAAAUAAUCUUGGAGAUUCAGGAGUGAAGGUGUUCUCUGAUGUACUGAAGAAUCCUCAAUGUAAACUAAAUAAACUGUGGUUGGGUAGAUGUAAUAUCACAGCUGAAGGUUGUGUUGCUCUGUCUUCAGCUUUGAGAUCAAAUUCAUCACAUCUGAGAGAGCUGCAUCUGUCAGCGAAUAAAUUUGGAGACUCAGGAGUGAAGCUGAUCUGUGAUGGACUGAAGAAUCCUGACUGUAAACUGGAGAUACUGGAGUUUUAUGAUUGUGAUAUCACAGUUGAAGGUUGUGUUGCUCUGACUUCAGCUCUGAGAUCAAACCCAUCACACCUGAGAGAGCUGGAUCUUCGUAAUAAUGGUCUCGGACAUCCAGGAGUGCAGCCGCUCUGUGAUCUAAGGGAUGAUCCACAUUAUAAACUGGAGAAAUUAAUGCAUCAGAAGGUGAAUCCGUUGAUCAGCAGUUCUUGAAAUGGCCUCUUCAGACCAGCCCGUCUGCCACCAUGCUACAACCAAAGUCACUUAAAUCACCUUUCUUGCCCAUUCUGAUGCUUGGUUUGAACUUCAAACCGUCUUCACCACAACAGUUUAUGUUACCAAGCAAUUGAAAAGGUGAACUUAACAAAGUGGCCGGUGAGUGUGUGUGUGUGUGUGUGUGU